AUGGCGGAUGCAUAUUCUUUUGCUCUGCUCGUCGAGUUUGAGGAAAACGACUUACCGAGACUAAAAAACAAGUUAAUAAAACACUUCCAGAGUAAGAAAGCUCACGGUGGCGACUGCGAAGUUGAAUAUGCGAAAGGCAGCAAGACGGCGGUGGUGCGCUUCCGCAGAGAGGAGGACCAGCAAAAUGUUUUGAGGAAAGAGGCGCACGAGAUUCGCUUGGACAAAGGCGUGUUGAAGGUGACAGUUCGCCUACCAGCUGACGAGACAACAACAACAACAACAACAACAACACAGGAAACUCCAGCCGAAAAAGUCAGCAAUAACUCAGAUGUUGCUGUGAUUAACAAGCAGUCGAGCACCGAUGAUCAAAAGGACGAACCGGGCUCCACCUUGGCUGUUAUAGGAAAUAUUCCAGAGACGAUGAACCAGGAGUUUUUGGAGAUGUUGGUGGAGAACGUUUUAUUGGAUGCCGAUGCUCCACGUGAUCGCCAAAACUUCACACUUGAAGUUCUCCGUGACAUCUCCUCUGCUGUGGUGACAUUUCAGAGUGAAAAAGAAAACACAGAUUUUGUGACAAGAUGCCCCAAAAACAGAACAUUCUCAAAGAAGGGACUAACAGCCCGGCCUCUUGAAGUCACAGACCGAGUCAUAGUUGAAGACGUACAAAAUUUUGGUGAAGAUGUCCUCCGCCUUUAUUUUGAGAAUGCAGGUGGAGAUGUGGAAAAUCUUGAGCUUAAUAAAGAGGAGCAGUCUGUCAUCAUCACAUUUAAAGAUCAUAAAGCUGUUCAGAAAAUCGGGAAGAAGAAGAAGCAUCACAUCUACCAGGAAGAGAUAAGAGUUUAUCCUUUCUAUAAAUCUUUGGGAAGAGUCCUCUAUGGCAAAGAUAAGCCUCCACUAAAACUCCCUGCUGCUGUAUCUGAACCAAUUGACGGCGCUCUUUGGAGAUACCUAAAAGACAAUCAAUCAGCAGCAAAGAUCAUUCAUAGUCAGUUGGCAAAAGACUUCUGCAAAGUAAACCUUGACCAAUCUCCAGUGCGCUUGAGCCCCAUGGCUUCACUCCUACAGCAAAAAGAUGCAGAAGACAUCACCAAAGAGUGGAGAGAUACUGUGAAGUCAGCAUUUGCACAAGCGCUGUUAACAUUCAGAUCCUUGAAGCUUCAGCCAGAGUCAGACGUAUGGGAAGAGUGUCAGAAGAAGAUCAGUAAAACACUGGUGAAUGAGGAUGUGGUUGUGGUGCCCGAUGAAGGCAAUUGUGUCCUGUCAGUGGUUGGUCUCGUGGCUGAUGUGAACAGAUUAGAGCAAACUCUUCGUGAAGUUGUAAACAAGAUUGUCAGUAGGGUUCAGAGGGAGAAAUUGAGCGUUACCCAAGAGAUGAAAGUGUCAGGGUCUAUUUACCACAUCCUGUGUCAAGAUGGUCUUCAGGACAAGCUGCAAAAUGUGUACCCAGAACUCAAAAUGUCAUUUCGGAAAGACAGUCGAGACGGUUUGAUGUUAACUGGGCUUAGAGAGGAGAUUUUGGCAGCAAACAAAGUCAUAUGUGAUGCAAUGUUUGCAUUGAAACGACAGAAUUUAGAAAUAGAUAACUUUGUGCUUGACCUGUUGAAGGAUGAACAACCAGAGGAGCUCACAAAUGCUCUCCUGACAUCCAGUGGUAUAAAUGCAGCGUUUCAGAUCAAUGCACACCGGGUGCAACUUCUUGCUGCUUCCGACAAAGAUCUGAAUGUUGCUGAAGACCAUCUGGGGAAGCUGCUAAUAUCUAAAUACAUUGCUGUUGAAGAUAAUAAGGUCCUGGAGAAGUCAGAGUGGCAUGACCUGGUCAGUCAGCUGGAGAAUGCAGACAGUAGGUUAUACAGGAGAAUUCGAAUCAACACUACUGAUCAACAAGUCGUGGUGUCUGGCCACAAGGAUAGUGUCAUAAAAGUUUGCAGGGAACUUGAAGACUCCUUAACGCAGAAUGCUCAAGUUGAAGAAACUGUUGUGGUCAAGCCCAAUGCCAUAGUUCAAUACAUUAAAAAACAUGACACACGUUGGUUGGAGCAAAUGGAAGACAAAGUGGAGGUAUCUUACAGAAAGGAGGCCAUCUGUUUAAGUGGUUCCAGAGUUGAUGUCGCGGAGUGCAAGGGUGUGGUUGAAGACCUGGUCUCUUCUGUCCUCUUUGAAAUUGUUAAAGUCUCCAUGCCUGGAGCAAAAAAGUUCUUUCAGGAUAAAGAAGCCAUGUAUGUUUCCUCACUCUUGAAUGAAACUGGCUGCCUGGUCCAGCUGGUUGAUGACACUAGUGGUGGACAGGUUGACUCGGCCCAAAGACCAGUACCAAAGCCUGUGUAUCAGCUUCAGACACCUGACGGUGUGGAGAUAGCUGUUUGCAAGGCAGAUAUGUGCAGCUACCCAGUGCAUGCAGUUGUCAAUGCUUCUAAUCCGGACCUGAAACGUAAUGGAGGUCUUUCAGCAGCACUUCUUAAUGCUGCUGGCCCUCAGCUGCAGGAUGAAUGUGACAGAAUAAUUAACUCGAAAGGCAAACUCCAGCCAGGGGAGUGUGUUAUAACUGGUGCUGGGGGGAACCUUUGCUGCAAAAAAGUCAUCCACGCAGUGGGACCCAGUUUUGAAGCAGCGAAACCACAGAAGUCCCUAGCAAAGUUGAAAAGAGCCGUCAGAAGAAGCUUAGAACUUGCUGAAGAGAACAACUGCAUCUCUGUAGCUCUGCCCGCCAUCAGCAGAAACCUAGGCUUUCCUCUUCCUUUGUGUGCAAUCACCAUUGUCAAAGCAAUCAAGGAUCACUGUGAUGAAAAGUAUGAUGACAACACCUUGAAGAGGAUCCAUUUAGUGAACAAUGACGACAUCACUGUUCAGGCUAUGGAGACAGCUGUCAGAGAGAAGUUUGGAAAUCAAGGUGUCAGUCUUUCUCAAGAAACCAAAACCGCCAAGGCUCUCCCUGUGAAACAUACUGGGGAUGCUGGGUCUAACCAAAAUUGCUUGGGUCAAGUGCAGACCACAGAGGGCUUGGACAUCACUCUCACAAAAGGAAACAUUGAGAACGCCAAGACGGAGGUGACCGUAAAUACUGUGUCUGAAGAUCUUGAGCUGAACAAAGGAGCGGUUUCAACUGCCAUCUUCAGUGCGGCCGGAGCCAAACUUCAGCAGUUGGUAAAUGCAAACAAUGCUAGUGGAAAUAUUGGUGACAUCAUUGUGACUGAAGGCUGCAAGCUCAAGAGCAAACAAGUGUUUCAUGCUGUUUCACCUCACUGGGACAAUGGACAAGGCACUGCCGAAAAGAUCUUGGGUGGCAUUUUCAAGGAUUGCUUAAACAAGGCAGAGGACAGUGGUCUGACCUCCAUAUCCUUCCCCGCCAUCGGCACAGGAAACCUGGCUUUCCCAAAAGACCUUGUAGCCUCAUUGAUGUUUGAUGAAAUCAUAGCAUUUAGCAAGAAAGAACCUGAGCUCCUGAAGAAGGUUGUGAUCAUCCUUUACCCGAAAGAUGCACAGACUAUCCAGGUUUUUAGUGAUGAAUUUGCAAAGAAGUUCCCCAAUGCCUCAUUUGUUCCAGAGCCCACAAGUCCGCAACAAUCUCCAGGUCCCUUCUCUAAAAUUGUCUCAGGCUCAGGAGUGCAUGAGACCAAAAUGGGAAAUGUGGCUGUACAGGUUGUCACGGGAGACAUAACCAAGGAGACCAGUGAUGUCAUCGUCAACUCCUCCAAUGAAAAUUUCUCUCUGAAGUCAGGAGUAUCUAAGGCUAUUCUGGAUGCAGCAGGUCAGGCUGUUGAAGCAGAAUGUCAAAAACUUGGUGCCCUGCCCAAUCCCGGUAUGAUAACAACCCAGCCAGGCAAUCUCAAGUGUAAGAAGAUCCUUCACCUUGCUGGACAGACGGACCCAGUAAAAAUCCACAGGGUUGUGAAGGAGGCACUCCAAAUGUGUGUGACAAACUCAGACACUUCUGUCUCAUUUCCUGCCAUCGGCACAGGUCAAGGUAAUGUACAGGCAAGGCAAGUGGCAGACGCCAUGUUGGAUGCAGUGGUUGAUGUGUUGAGCCAAUCCCCUUCCACGACCCUGAAGACAAUUCGGAUAGUUAUUUUCCAGCCACCCAUGCUUAAAGAAUUCUACAACAGUAUGCACCAAAGAGAAGCAACUGAAGCAAAAGAUAAAGGAGGCUUCUGGAGAAAUAUCGGCUCCACACUAAAAUCAUUUUUUGUUAGUGGAAGUAGUGACAAGCCACAGAAAGAAGGGGAUUUUGUAAUUGAGGCUCAGAAAGUGAGCCCUGCUUCUUUCCACAUCUGCGGUGAGUCCCAGGACAGAGUAGCCUCAGCCAAGCAAUGGAUCAACGACCUGAUAUCCAAAGAGCAACACAGCAUCUGCAUCAAAGAUGACUCCAUCCUUAGGUUCUCAGAUGCAGACCACCAGCGCAUUCUUGACACCCAGAAGACAAUGAGCGUAGCAAUAAGGAUUGAGAGCAAGAAUGGCCAAGCCACAGUCACCAUCAAGGGCAUCUGCAAGGACGUGUUGAGAGCCAGCCAUGAUGUCCGUGAGAUGCUGAAGUUGGCGAGAGAAAGUGAGGAGCUGCAGAAGAACGUGGAGCUGGCGGGCGCAGUGGUGGCCUGGCAGUACCAGCAGCAGGGGCUUCAGUUCCAAAAUUUUGAUUCAAUGACCAACUUCAAGCUCGAGCAAGCCUUGGAAAAGAAACUAACAAAAGUAAAAGUUACAGUCCAGGGUCAAGACUACACAGUCACCAUGCCAGAGGGACCUGCCACUGACAUCCAGGAACGCACCCUGCAGAUCAGGCGCAUUGUCAAACUCAAAGGCCUACCUGAGCACUGGGAAGCAAUGCCAGCCAACACCACGAGUCACGCUGUCACGCUUGAGGCUGAGACACCAGAGUACAAUGAAAUCCUGACCCUGUUCCAGGCCACAUGCCCACAAACCCCGAUCAAGAUCGAGAGGAUCCAGAACCCAGUCCUGUGGAGGAGCCUGCAGAUCAUGAGGCAUGGCAUGGAACAAAGAAACAAUCAUCAGAACAAUGAGAGACGCCUCUUUCACGGCACCGCCCAUGACACAGUGGCUGACAUCAACCAACACGGCUUCAACAGGAGUUUCGCAGGAAAGAAUGAUACUGUGCAGCAUGUAGCAACAGCAAGCAAAAAAAUUACGUGCAAGGGCACAUACUUUUCUGUCAACGCUAAAGACUCCGCCGAAGACACCUGCUCCAGACCCGAUCCAAAUGGGGAGAAGUGCAUGUACGUGUGUCGAGUGCUGACGGGAGAUUUCACCGUUGAACAAUCCGACAUGAUCACACCGCCGGCCAAGGGCACCGCAUCCGUCGACAAGUACGACAGCGUUGUGGACGAUCAGACCACUCCCAGCAGGUUCAUUGUCUUCCACGACAGCCAGGCUUAUCCUGAAUAUCUGAUCACAUUCAAGUGAGCAGGUAACAGGGAGAAAAGACAAACAAAUGCCUUACAUGUGACACUGCCUUGCAGUAACGUAACGCAAACGUGCGGGGGCCCCCUAUAAAUAUACACUACCGGUCAAAAGUUUUAGAACACACCAACUUUUCCAGAAUUUAAUUGAAAAUGAUGCAGUUUAAUGUCUCAGUGUACUCUGAAAUUAAUGCACAUUUGCAACAUUCUUUAUUGAGCAUGAUAGUGUUUUGAAAGUUAAAAAAAAUAUUCAAAAUCACAUUUUAUGUUGGACUAAAGGACUAAAAAAAGACACAAAAUGACCAGAAAAAGACACAAAAAGACAAAAAAAGACACCAAAAGACACAAAAUGACUAAAAAAAGACACAAAAUGACCAAGAAAGACACAAAAUGACUCACAAAGACAUGAAAAGAAUUCAAAAAUGGACAAAAUAGCCCAAGACUCCAUAGAGUUAAGUUGUUAACCCAUUUCUUGUUCCCUGAAAAAGGCCUACUUGUAUAAUUCUGAAAUGUACAUUAUUUUCCAGUUUUGGUUAAGCUUACCUUUUUUUAUUUACCUCUGGCAGUUCACCACUUACCUUUGGACCCUUUCAAGCUGUUCAUUUGACUUGAACUGCUUGAAUUUCAAUAAAAAACUGGAAAAAUUGGGGUGUUCUAAAACUUUUGACCGGUAGUGUAUGUUUGUUUGUUUUUUUAAUAACCAAUUUAUUCUUUCAAACAAAACAUUUCAUAACGGAGCAAUACAAAAUAAAAAUUGCAUAUGUUAAUCUAAGCAACACAAAUACAUGUUUCCUUACAGGCUUGCAGGCGAGUAUACAUGCCUUGCUCUUUUGGCGUAUUGAUGAGCAAAUUCCCAUUCCACCCUCUUCAAGUCCAGACUGCGCGCACGUUUAUUUUCGAUACUCAGUACGGCCAGCCCCGACAGUCUCUCUUGUGCCUUGGUGCUUCUCAGUAAGUCUUAAAUAAUUUAACUUUUGAGAAUGAUCUUUCGGCGCUUGUGACAGUUACAGGUAGAGUGAGAAACAGUUUAAUAGCCGUGGCAACAUCAGGCACACUUGCUAAUAUGGAGUGGUGCUUUAUGAACAGAGUGUGUGCCACGCUCGACUUCUUUUAUGGUGGACAUGAAUGCGGUUCUAAAUGAAAGCACUUGGUCUGGAAAAUCCGCAGACAAGUCAUCUUUGUAUUGGUCUGCUAAAGCACUUGCUGAUUUAUACAGUUCAUCACUGGAUUUUGACAAAAGUUCCUGUGGGCGUAAAAACAACCCAAACCUCCGUGCCACCCCUUGCAUGCCCUGAAACCUGUGUGUCACCUGCGCAAUGGCAAUGUCUCGAGCUGCGAAACAUACUGACACUUUGAAGUGCUGCUCUGCUUCGAUAGCCUUUCAUCCUCGCAUAACUCACCAAAGUGUCUUUUGGUGCGCCUUGCGCGUUUUUUUGGAAAUGAAGGCGGAAUACCCCAUGACUGGGCAAGAUUUUGCGCACAUUGUUUCUUUAAUAGUGAUGUUCGAUACCACCGAUUUCCUUUCCGAUCCGAUACUGAGUAAAAUUCAGGCUGGUAUCGGCGAUACCGAUCCGAUACCAAUACUUUGUGCAAAUACACCUAAUGUGCCUGGUAAAUCUAAAAAGAGUGUAUUUCAAAUGGCUUAAGAAUACAAGACAUCAGAGUCACUUAUUUAGCUAUUAGCUAUACGGACUCAUUCACAAUAUAGCUUCUUUUCCGCUCCGCCACUGAAUUACACACACACACACACACACACUGAGAGAGAGAAGAGUGAGCAGCAGCGUGUCACUGCGCUUACGUAUUAAGGCUCUUACCCAGGCGGAAGAAAAAGUAGUUCCUACCAGCAGCGUGUCAUUUAGACAAGAUCUGAAUAGUUUAGUUACUUUCCACCGUAUUCCUCUUAAUGAUAUACAUUACCACAAAUGACUGAAGUAUCAAAAGUAUCGAUAUUUUCAUUUGAGAAUCGAUUUUAGAGCAUACAGAUCUGGUAUCGGAAGUAUCGAUAUUUCAGUGUCGAUCCGCACAUCACUAUUCUUAAAGGCUUUGAAACUCCCCUCUGAGUGACACAAGGGUCUCAGAUGCACUCGCUGGAUAUUUGCUUGUCUGCAAAAUAUCAAUGUUUUGUUUUUGGAGACUUUGUGAAAUAAUGUUAAUAGUUUCCAGGAUAUUUACCCUGUAUCACUGUUUGAAGGACAAAUUCAAAAUUUUCCGUGUUAUGUUUGAGUCCCUCGGCCUCAGCACGCUCAUCUGGCUUUUUGGAUAGCAGACAUAUUUUAGUAAGUGCUUUCAUCACAUCUGGGUAACGAAAGCGUUGGUUGCCCUGUCACUUUGAACUGUGACUCAAGAAGUUGCCAUCGUUUAAUACUACCACUGAAAAAAACAUAUAAUUUGUGUACAGUACAUUUUGGCCCUAUAUGUUACGGUAAAAAAAAAAAAAGUAAAAAAAAAAAAGAUAUUUGUUUUACAGGCAGGGGCGGGGCCCGAUGGUAUGGGGCAAGGUCAUAAUAGUUUUGGAUUUUUCAUUAGUUUUAGUUUUAAUUUCGUUGUGAAUUUUCGUUUUCAAAUUCAGUUAGUUUUAGUUAGUUUUUAGAGUGAGUUUGCUAGUUUUAGUUUAGUUUUUAUUUUUAGGAAAUGCUUUAGUUUUAGUUUAGUUUUUAUUAGUUUUAGUGUUAGUUUUAGUUUUUUAGUAAUGGGUAUGUGCCUUUAUUUCCUUUGGUUUAUCAUCUCAGCCCCAAUAAGGUUAUUAACUCUUACAGUUCUGGGUGUUUUGUAUUUGGGUUGGAGUGUAAACAUCCCAGUCUCAGUAAACAUAUUCACCAUGUGUUCCUGCAUGUUGAAAUAGAAACACUGAAUUAUGAAUGAAAAAAGUUGACAAAGACGAAAACGAAGGACAUUUUCGCUAUAACUUUAGUUAGUUUAAGUUUGUUUUGUAACCACACAAUACAGUUUCAGUUAGUUAUCGUUUUUAAAAAAACUCCUGUUUUUAUUUUUAUUUCAGUCACUUUUUUGUGUAAUAAUAUGUCACAAUAACAUUAAUUUUCGGUUUCCAAUCAAACUGUAAUUAUCAUAGGUGUUAGUUAUGGUAUUAGUAGUCAGAUCCAUAUAGUGCCUUGAAUAUAUCUCUGCCAUUCUACAGAAUAAUUAUGCAAGAAGACAUCAGGUAAUGAAAAAAUAAGAAUGUUGUCAAAACAAUUUUAUAUUUUAUGCACUGUUUAAUUUCACUUUACAUUGUUCCCCCGUCUGUGGUAUGUGGAAGGCUGAUGGAAAGUACCUGCUAUAACCAUGCAUGGGUUAUUAAAGCUCGCCUGUGUAACUCAGGUCACUUUUGGUUUUGAAAUGAAAAAUGAAAGUUA